CUUUCAAAUGUGUGUUGUUUAUUUUUGCCUCGUGCUGCUUUGUUUUCACCGGCUGAUCAUCCGAGUGAUGUAACUGUGAGUACCGUUGAUUUGUAGUGAAAUGCGAACCCGCAUCUAGAAGGGAAACGAUGAGUGACACAGUGGAUCCAGUUGAACAGAUGCUGCUCAAAACAGGUUGCAUCAAUCUGCAUUACAAAGUACAGGAGUGCAUCGCGGAGACUGGUGACUGGCGCAAGUGUCAGGACGUAGUCAAGGAUUUCAAAAUCUGCAUGCAGGACUACACCGAUAAGCAGAGACAAAAGUACGAAAAACGGCCAUAA